AUGCUCAGUUGGGAUGAAACAACUGGGUUUUUGAGGCAUUAUCUGUGUUUUCUUAGGAGUCAGGCUGGUUGGAGUUUCUCGCUGCUCUGGGAGGUUAGAGAUACUUCAUGACCAGACGUGGAUGUCAGUGUGUGACGCUGUCUUUGACCAGCAGGAUGCAGAGGUUGUGUGUAGAGAGCUGGACUGUGGGGCUCCUUUACAGGUGCUGGGAGCAGCUGCUUUUGACAAAGGAGACACUCAGAUGUGGACACAAGAGAUUCAGUGCAGAGGAAAUGAGUCUCAGAUUCACCUCUGCCCAACAUCAUUCAGAUUUACACCAAAAUACAACUGUUCAAAUAAAAACAGCAUUGGACUACUGUGUACUGACCUAGUAAAUGUGAGGUUGGUUGGUGGUCACAGUCGCUGUGCUGGUAGAGUGGAGGUUCUUCACAGAGGUCAGUGGGGAACAGUGUGUGGUUUUGGCUGGGAUUUGGUUGAUGCUGCAGUGGUGUGUAGAGAGUUAAACUGCGGAGAACCUGUAGAUGCUCUGACUGAUGUUGAAGCUGGACCCGGAUCUGGACCAAUCUGGAUAAGUAAUGCAGAGUGUACUGGAUCUGAGUCCACACUGAAAAAGUGUGGAUCAACCACAUGUGAUUUUAAAGGUGUGUGUCAUGGUAAGAGUGCUGGAGUCAUCUGUUCAGGUAACCUAAAACUUAAUUUAUAAAAAAAAA